AUGGAAGACCAGCAAACACCCCGUUUAUUUGAGCCCAACUCAUGGGCAUCUCAGACACGACGAACGGUGACGUGUUCCACAACCGGGGCGAAAUUGCCAAUAUCCCACGAGCCAUUCGCUCGUGAAUCGGCUGAAAAACAUGCGACUGCAUUUUCUGAUUGCAAGCCACUUCCCGGGGUGGAAAAGCUUCUCUUGAACCUCAGCCGUGCACGGAGCGCGUCCAUUGGGAACAGAUUAAGCUGGCUUUGGCAUCCAGCACAAAGAGCCAUAGAUACGAAUUGA